UGUAUCAAGUCAUCAUGGUGAGUACCAGCAUGAUCUCGGGUAAUCUUUUAGGGCACUGGAAACUCGCGCUUCGCUAACCGCGUCAUAUGAUCUUUCAUUUUAGAGCGUCAGCCAUUGCGUUUUUGUCUGUCGUAGCCUGCGAAGAUGAUGACACAGUUCGAAACAAUCUGGAGGAGCAUGGUGAUUCAAAACUGUCCUUUUACCCCAGCUCGCGCCACGGUCGAUAUUUUGUACAAUGGAGUGGAGAUGGCUAUCGACUAUUCUUCAUAAGGCCAAUCUGAAUGGGUAGCAUAGUGCAGUUGGACGAAGUCCCGCAAUCGCAACGUCGCAACGUCGCAUGCGU